AUGCCGAUCUGCGCCAACCCCCCGGACUCAUCCUCCUCGUCGUCGUCGGGAUCCAGGGUGUGGAUUUCCCAUCUCACCGUUCUUGGCGUAGCGAUUGCGGCCUCAGCCGGUGUGCAUUUCUUUCUACGACGCCGUUCCGGCAAGUUCCGGAGCAGAGUGGUCGGGAUCAUUCCUGCUCGGUUUGCCUCCUCCCGCUUCGAGGGGAAGCCCCUUUAUCUAAUCCUCAGCAAGUCCAUGAUCCACGUCUCAAUUCUCUUGAUCUCGCUACUUGUUGCAACAGAUGAUGAGAAGAUUGCAGAAUGUUGUAGAGGAUUUCUGUGCUGA